ACUAUUGGUGGGCGUUCCGCCGCCUCCGAGACUCCCCCGGACGUCCAGGCUUCCCCCUCCCGUUGGGCCGUGGCCCAUUUCUGCCGCCUGCUUAUAGAGUACCGGCCAAGGAGGCCCGAUGCAGGAGGCGGGUUACCUUGGUGGCGAGCGGGAGUUUCCGCCUCUCCCUCUCCGCCGCCGCCGCGGAGUCUGACCACACCCCUGCUUCGUGGAUGACUCUAUGUUCGGAGACAUUUUCUGUUCAUCAAAGUUGACUGCAUUGGAGGUUGUUAAAUUCUUUAAAAAGGCCCCAAAUAUGGUUUGGCAGCUACGUAUCUUCAUUUGCCUCAGUUUACUCGCUCUGCAAAAACGAUUAAUAUCUACCCGACCUCAAACCGUUUCUGUGACUCGAGGAUGGAUGAGCCAUCCUGACACUGUUCGAGGAGCAGCGAGGAGGCCAUUAUAGCUGGAGCAGAACCCUGAUUUGUUGGAUGAGCAGGCCCCCCUGGAAGAGUCAGCUGUGUGAGAUGGUGCAGCCCAGUGGCGGCCCGGCAGGGGACCAGGACGUGCUGGGUGAAGAGUCUUCUCUGGGGAAGCCAGCUAUGCUCCACCUACCUUCUGAGCAGGGCACUCCUGAGACCUUCCAGCGCUGUCUGGAGGAGAAUCAAGAGCUCCGAGAUGCCAUCCGGCAGAGCAACCAGAUGCUUCGGGAGCGCUGUGAGGAGCUGCAGCGUUUCCAAGGCAGCCAGAGGAAGGAGAAGGAGUUCCUCAUGCAGAAAUUCCAAGAAGCCAGGAAACUGGUAGAAAGACUGAGCCUGGAGAAACUGGACCUGAGGAGGCAGAGGGAGCAGGCCCUGCAGGAGGUGGAACAUCUGAAGAGAUGCCAGCAGCAGAUGGCUGAGGACAAGGCCUCCGUGAAAGCCCAGGUGACAUCCUUGCUGGGGGAGCUCCAAGAGAGCCAGAGUCGUUUGGAGGCUGCCACCAAGGAGCGGCAGGCUUUGGAGGGCAGGGCCCGGGCUGCCAGCGAGCAGGCCCGGCAGCUGGAGAGCGAGCGGGAGGCGCUGCAGCAGCAGCACAGCGUGCAGGUGGACCAGCUGCGCAUGCAGAGCCAGAGCGUGGAGGCGGCCCUGCGCAUGGAGCGCCAGGCUGCCUCGGAGGAGAAGCGGAAGCUGGCCCAGCUGCAGGUGGCCUAUCACCAGCUCUUCCAGGAGUAUGACAGCCACAUCAAGAGCAGCGUGGUGAGCAGUGAGCGAAACCGAGGAAUGCAGCUGGAGGAUCUCAAGCAGCAGCUCCAGCAGGCCGAGGAGGCCCUGGUGGCCAAGCAGGAAGUGAUUGACAAGCUGAAGGAAGAGGCUGAGCAGCACAAGAUGGUGAUGGAGACUGUCCCGGUGCUAAAGGCUCAGGCGGAUAUCUACAAGGCGGACUUCCAGGCCGAGAGGCAGGCCCGGGAGAAGCUGGCUGAGAAGAAGGAGUUCCUGCAGGAACAGCUGGAGCAGCUGCAGAGGGAGUACAGCAGGCUGAAGGCCAGCUGUCAGGAGUCGGCCAGGAUUGAAGAUCUGAGGAAGCGGCAUGUGGAGGUCUCCCAGGCCCCCUUACCCCCCACCCCAGCUCACCCUUCCUUUCACCUGGCCCUGCCCAGCCAGAGGAGAAGCCCGCCCGAGGAGCCACCUGACUUCUGUUGCCCCAAGUGCCAGUAUCAGGCUCCUGAUAUGGACACCCUGCAGAUACAUGUCAUGGAGUGCAUCGAGUAGGGGCUGCCUGUGGGGGAUCGGCACAGGACAGCGUGCUCUGUGCUUUGCCGCCUGCCCACUCCUGACUGACGGGCUAGGUGACAGGAUGGGCUACUUCUGUGAGCCCCACGAGCUAGCUCUAGGACCUACGCUUCAGCUCCCCCAUCCGCUGGUCUGCCCCUGUUAGGGUACAUGGAACCCACUCGGCUUCGUGCUCUGCUCUUCUUGUUCGUUCCGUCUGUUUGAACCGCUUGCCUCUGGGGCUCCCUCUCUUUGUGCCUCCACGAGCAAAAUCAAGAAUCAAGGCCAGGGCUCUCUGAGAACUGCUCGAGCCAGCGCGGGCAGAAGUCUUUCCUCGCAUGCGAGCUCCCGCGCAUCGCGGUGCCAGUGCCCUCGGGGGCCGUGUACUAAUCCGUGCGGAGGCUGCGCCGCCAGUAGGUGUAAGCCGUCUACUUGUGCGGAACAUUUGGGUUGUUGCCACUCUUUUAUUGUCACAAAGGAGGCUGCUGUGAACGUCCUUGUGCAUCACUUACGUGUAUCUUUGGGUCGGAUUCUUAGAAGCCGCGCCACUGAGCGGCUGCAGACGGGGUCGAGGGGGCUGGCAUAUUGCUCCUGCUUCCUCAGAGCCUUGCCCACAGGAGGGGUGUCCAACCUGUGGGCUUUUGCCAUCUGUCAGGCUUGUGGUUCUCUCUUCAGAGUGAGCCUGAGGAUCUUCUCAGAGCUUGAAGGAUCCUUUCCGAUUUUGCUGUUAAUGGCUUAUUUGUAUUUUUUUUGGCCCAUUUUUCUGUUGGGCUGUUAGUCUUUUGUUCCUCAGUGUGUUUGAGCUCUUUGGUCAUUAGUGGGAUCGACUCUUACUCUGCCUUGGAGCGAGUGUGUUUUGGACUUGAAGUUUGUCAUCUCUGCGUGGCCCCGCUUCUCUACCUUUCCUUCACUGCUUUGGGUUUACCAUGGUUGUGACUGGCUCAUGGCUCGACGGGGAGACGCUUCCCACGUGUACGCUUUCCCUUUCCUUUUCCUAACACCACAGCAUGCUCUUGCCCUCCCCGAGCAUUUUCCUGCCCAGCGGGAGUGGUGGUGGCUGUGUUUCAUCACGUUCCAGAAGCUUGUGAUGCUGUUCCCUGCACCAGCCCCAAAUGCCCCACCCAGCCUUGUGAAGGGAAGCCUCUUGGUGACGACUGGCAGAUUAUGAACAGUAGAGGGCUCCUUACUGUUGUUUUGCAAGAUUCUGGAUGUUUCCUUGAUGCCAAAGUCAAAGGCAUUAAGCCUGCGAUUGUCAGGAAAGGACGUUGGCAGCGGAGGAAGAAUGCCCUGGCCUCCCCUGGCCCUCCUCCGUCCUCCCAUGGUUGGGAAUGGGAUGUCGCUGAAGACAGCCCGGCUGGCAGCCCAUUCUGAAGAGUCUGGGCCGAUGGCUUGCCCGGCAUGUGCGGGAGCGGGAGCAACUUCUCCAGUUCCUGGAGGCCAGAUGUCUACGCAGAUGGUUGUCCUUUGGGAAGGUGUUAAAGGCACAGACAGACUCCUCACUUCCGGGUGCUGUGCCUCAAUCCUGAUCCUGUAGUUUUUCUGCAAGAGCACUUUUCGUUUUGGGGGGAUGUAUGAAUUUCCCGCAGCCACUGUAACAGAUGACCGACUCGGUGGCUUAAAACAACAGGAAUUCAUUCCUUCAUGGCUGUGAAGUCAGGGUGGCGGGGUACUGAGGGAGCAUCCGUCCCAGGCCUCUCUCCCAGCCUCUGGGGGUGGCCCUUGGUGUUCUUGGCUGGAUGCGUCACCCCAUUCUCUGCCUCCAUGGUUACAUGGUGUUUUCCUCUUCCUGACUGUGUCUUCUCUUCUUGUUGCUUGUAAGGACACCAGUCACUGGAUUUAGGGCCCACCUGCAUCGUCCAGGAUGAGCUCCUUUUGAGAUCCUUAUCUUCAUUAGAUCCACAGACUCUUUUUCCAGCUCAGGUCAUAAUCACAAAUUCUGGGCAUUAGGACGUGCCUAUAUCUUUUGGGCCACCAUUCAGCCCAGCACAGGGCCAUCUUCUGGAGCACACAGACUAGAACAAAUUCAGUUCAAGACCGGUGUCUCCAGGACCAGCAGCUCCGUCGGAGGGGCUUGUCCCCUGGGGUGAUGGUGGCCCCUGUAGAGGCACUGGGUGCUCUGUGGUAAGGAAAGCUGGUUUGUUGGGGGUCAGGCCCUUGCAGGCGUGGGGACUGCUGCUCCGUAGGACAUCUUGUCUCCACCUGGCCACCAGCGCCAGGAGAAAGAAGGCUGUAGGCUGCGAUGGGCCAGAACUGUUCAGCUGAUUGGUGCCCUGGCUGACAGCCACCAGCUGUGUAGGGACGGGCUUCGUGCUUUAUUAGGGAAGUGGACAAAGGCCUGUGGGAGCCCUUCUCUGACGGGCUUCCUCUUCUGAAAGGGAGGUGAAAGGAAGGAGAUGAGACCCAGGAGUAGUAAGAGGCAGGCGUUCUCUUCCUGGGGAGCUUUCCUCGGGUUCUGGCGGCAGCAGCCGGGAGCUUUUCCAGAUGUUCGUGCCUGGGCCCCGGGCCGGCUGAGUCAGGGCCUGCGUGCAGGACCAGGCGUUGGCUGGGAACCAUUGCUCUUUUGAAGCUUCCCUUCCUGGGGUACUCUUGCUCCCUACCUCCUUACAGCACCCUGUAGGACCAGCUGUACACGAGACACCAAGGACUUUAAACCAGGCCAUUCACUUAGAAGUGAGGGAUUCUGCUUUCACCCCUUCUGACUUGACUUAGAUUGGGCUUCCAGAAUAAGUGGUUGGAUCCCUUCUGUGAGGGAAGCAGCCUGCCUACCUAAUGACCUGUGGCCCCUUGACCUUCACAACCCUGGGUUUGGGAGGCAGAGACAGCUAGAAGCACAUCCCGCUGAAACCCGUGUCAUUUGUUGCUCAUACAACAGCAUUUCUAGUUGCUCAUACAACACUGUAUGCCCUCUGUUACCCGCUGGCCAAUGCUUAAGAGAAAUCCAGGUGACCAAUAAAAGCAGCACAAUAAGAAAGCAUUUCUCCCUCGCUAGUAACUACAACACAGACUCCAACUAGACGAAAACUCAUGUGAAACAAGGAACAAACGAAGACUUACGGCGCCCUGCCAGCAAGGUGCAGGGGGACGGGCCUGAGCUGGCACCCCCGCGUGGGGGCCGGUUUCGCAGGAUGGAACAUGGUGACUCGCAUCGGAGAGGGGCUCGCUGCACCGUCGCCGGUGGCUGCCAAAGACUGGGCUGAACACGGGUCUGGGCUCUAGCAUGUUGAUGGGAAGAAGCCGGUAGACGAUGAUGUAUGACGUGUGACCACAAGAAAACAGUGAAAGCAGCCUCUGCGCGCCCUGCUACCGUUGGGAUGGAUGGGGGUGGUAGGGUUGCUGGUAAUUAAGUUUCCCUUUUGUAUUUCUGUGGUUUCUGAAUGGCUGUAAUUUGCAUGUAUUACUUGAAUACGUAGACAUCCAUGUUACGCCAGAGUUGACCUGACGUUAGCAUAGCCCUGAGGUGUGGUCUGCUAGCAGCUGAGAAAAGAACGCACCGUUGCACGACUGUCAAGGAAUCGUCUCGGGCGUCGACUUGAUGCUUCUGGGGUGUAUUUGCCAGGGCUCUUGUGACAGAGUGCCACAGGCUGGGCAGCUCAAGCAACAGAAAUGUCUUGUGUCCCUGUUCUGGAGGCGGGAAGUGCAAGGGCCAGGAGUUGGCAGGGUCGGUCCCUUCUGAGGGCCGCGAGGGAAGGAGCUGCCCCAGGCCUGUCUCCUUGGCGUGUAGAUGGCAGCCUUCUCCCUGUGUCUUCACGUGGCCUUCCCUCUGUGUGCGUCUGUUUCCGGUUUUGCCCUUGACGUAAGGACCCGGUCCUGUUGGAUUGGGGCCCACCCUCGUGACCUCGUGAUAACUGCCCCUCUCUAAAGGCCGUGUCUCCAAAUAAAGUCACGUUCUGAGGCCCUAGGUCUUAGGAUGUCCACAUUCCUUCUGGGGGUGGGGGGACGUGUUUCAACCCAUAACCCGUGAGUAGCCUAGCCCUGUUUUUUACGGCCAUGAGUCUGCAGCCCUAGCCUGCAUUAUGAAUAGGAGGCCUUCAGUUGCCUGCUGACCAUUGACGCGUUACAAAGGUGACAGGGCUGAGCUGGCUUCCCUGACUGAGGACCGGGUCCUGCCACGGGAUAGCAACAGUCUGAACAGAGCUGCCGUGUUCUCGCACUCGUGCUUCUGUGAGGUGGGGUGAGCAGCAGGCAGCACGUCGGGAGAGGACACAGGCACCCGGGCACCCGAGGAGGCCUCCCUGGGCCUGUCUGACGGUGGCCUGCCGACUGGGCCUUCCGGAGCCUCAGCCUCCACACCCAUAAAAUAACAUCAGAGCUUUGGCUUCCGUUUGAGUAGCUACUGAGAGCUGGAUGUAGUCUGCGUGCUUUUCCACGACGAUGGACAGGGCGGAGGAAAUGAGACAGGUUUCAGUAGCGGUCCUUUUCAGGACGG